GAACAAAGUCGAACAUUGAUACAUCGCUGUGCGUCACCAGCGAGUUAACCUCAAAACGAGCCGCCGUUACGACUAGAUGUAUUCGAACAAGUUCGGACCUUGAGAUUUUGAACGUGCCUUGGAAUCUUCCUUGGCUUUAUUUUUGCUUAAGAUUCUUUCAAACAGCCUUAUUGAUUCUAUAUUAAUCUUUAUUCUCAUAUUGACUUGGAGUGGUGUUAGGGGAAUAUGUCUCUUUUGAGAAUCCCUGUAACCAGAUACUGAAGGAACCUCAAAACGGAAUAUGUAAACAAACAACGAAGAAGCUUCCCGCGAGAUCGAAGGUAGAUGUGAAGCAAGGGACAAAAGGUUUGAGACAAUUAUAAGAAAAUUUUGAUAGUUUAGAAGCAUAGAUAAGAUUGCACAAUGAAUCAGAUAAAGCAGGAAAGCCUGUCGAAUAUGCCACCUAUUGCCACUCAGCUGGAUUCUUCAGCAGCUAUAAAAUUAAGCAUAGGCGCAAAGAUGACUCUUGAAAGGUCACUGAUGGCUCGUACCGAUAUAUGGCAUCAGAUAAAAAUCAUGAGAGGCAGACAUUACGACAAGGAGACCGUCUUGAAGGCUAUUCUGAAGGCAGUGGAGCCGGCAGAUUUGAUACCGAUAAGUUACCAGGUUUGCGGUGAGGACACAUACUUCAUAGCGAGAAACUGUGGUCCUGCCCUUGACAAGCUGUGCAAAACAAGCCUGAUCAUCAAGAAUGCCAGCGGUGAUGCUCUGAUUCUUGUGAUCAUCCUGGGCUUUGCUUCCAUAAACAACUUGCAGGUAAACUUACAACCACUUCUAUUGACUGCUCUUACCAAGAGGUACGAUCCAAAUGAGAGGGCACUGAAUCUGGAGAACUUCCAUACAGAUCCAGAUGUAGCCAAAACAGUAUACUGUCCCUUAUCUCAACUGAGAACUUCCAAUCACGUUCUGAAGCUUGCCAAGACAACCAUAACUACUUUGGAAUACCUGAAUCUACAGCAUAAUGAGCUAUUCAACAUAUCAGCUAUAGAGAAUUCGAAUUUAACAGGUAUCAAGUAUUUGGAUCUGAGGCACAACAAUCUGCUGAACAUGUGUGCGUUGGCCCCUCUGAAGAAUCUGCCCAUCACCAAACUUUGGCUGGAUGGCAAUCCCCUCUGCGAAAAUUACUGGACAGAGAAGCAAUACGUAGAGUCUGCCAAAAAGUAUUGCCCACACUUACAGGAGCUUGACGGGGUGUGCGUCGCGCCGAAGAUGCCUUUCAUGUACAAGGACUAUUUUGGGAACGAUAAGACGCAGCGGCUCGUGCAGAAAUUCGCAAUGCACUUCUUCAAUCUGUAUGAUCAACCCGAGAGGUCGGUCCUGAGGGGCCUCUACCACAAAAAUGCAAUUUACUCCAUGAGUUUCGCCAUUCCCAACACCGUCGCCGCCAAGAAGAACCUCCAGCAGUACAUGACAUACAGUAGAAAUCUAAUGAGGAGGACCCAGAAGAAGAUUACUACCUGCUAUCAAGAUCAGGAUGAGAUCCUGACGGGACACAGCAAAUUGCCCAAGAGCUAUCACGACAGGAACUCUUUCAAGUACGACGUCAUGUACGAUGAUGGGAAAUGUCUGGUGAUAUGCGUCUCGGGCAUAUUCAAGAAGCUGAGUUCAGGCAUCAACGUGCUCUCGUUCAGCCGCACCUUUGUGUUGUUGGCCAGCGAAGACAACGAAUAUCACAUCAUGAACGAUCAGUACCAUAUUGAUGUGGCGCCCGAGAAGAUUACGCCUGACAAAAUAACGCCCAGGAUUGCAUACGACGAGAUCACGCCGAUCUGCUUCAGCCCGAGCGAGAAGAACGUACUGAUAGUCCGAAUGGGGCAGAUCACCACGCUGAACCAGGAGUGGUGCGAGACUUACUUGUCGGAGGCCAAAUGGGACAUGAGAUUGGCAUUGACCAGCUUCAUGAAAGACUAUAAAUCCUUGUCGGUACCGGAGCACGCGUUCUACAAAUAGGACGUGUACAAUUAUUGCAGAAUGUUGAUCUGUUCAUCAAUUACAAAGGUUUACACCAAUUUUUACUAUAAAAUUAUGUGUCAUGCAUUCGGUUUACGCUAACCGAGGUUUCUUUUUUCGUAUAAAUUCGUCUCGCGCUAGCGAUUUCCGUUCAGAUACUUUGCGACUUCAACACGAAUGCCGCAAUGAUCACCAAUCACCGAUGCUAUUAUAUUAACGCGUCCCAUUAAGUUGCAUAUAAACUGUAAUCAAAUGCUUAAGAAAUUCCACAGUCAAUAAAGAACCGAUGAAGCGAGGCGAAAGCACAUAGUACGAACUAUCUGCCGUGUCCUCGAUGAUUCAAUCGUCACUUAUCUCUCGUGCAAGCAACGAACAUCAACGCGACAGUCAAUGUGAUCAUGAAAUUCGGAAAUGAGGUGAGUGUCAGACGAAAGAAAAUUUCAGGGACAUUUUUCUCAGCAUAGAAACAGAAAGAUUCCUGUAGGAAGUGCCUACACGGAAAAAAACAAUUUCAUUAACUGAAUUUUCCGUAAUUGAAUUUUCCAUAACUGAAUAUUAAGGAUAGAGAUCAAAAGAAAAACUCGAAACAAGGAUUCCUGCAGGAGGCUUCUGUUGUCGCAACUAGUAUCUUAUACAGCUGAAUGUUCAGCUAUAUUUUUCCGAUUGCGGUAUCAUUUCACUUUGAAUUUUCAUCUGAUCCCCAUUCAAUUAACUGAAUAUUUCUUUCCUUCGCGACGCGAAUCGCUUAAACUGGCGCACGGAGAAAACUACUAUGGUUGUUACAUUCAUAUAUUGUAUGGUUAGAAACAAAAUGUAUGUGAUUGCAAAGUAAAGAGAUAUAGCAUUAAAA